CAUUCGGUAGAAGCGGCUAUACAAUCCAACACAAAGGCAGCUCGCGUGUUUUGGGGACAGUACCUAUAAUAGAAAUACUUAACUGAUAGAUCAAAUACUUGAAAUCUUUGUUUUGCCACUGUGGGGUUGCAAAAAUAUAACCUGUUUGCGGAUACCUUACUCGCUGGAUUUAUUCGCGAAGCUAAGUCAAACCACGACUGUGGAUAGGAGUUAAGACACAUACACUCAAACUCCUCGCUUUUGCCGCCGCCGACAGAAGCAGAGACAACCGCCGACACUCGACUGAGCCUAUCAAAGCUGCAGGGAGUGUUAAGGUCGUGCGCACGUGUUAAUGUCAACGGAUUCCGAAUGCAAGAAAAAGCUUCUCAACCCGAGCAUGCUCAUAUUCGGCGUUCACGAGGGAGAGCGGGUGGCGGUGGACGUGCCGCUCGGGGCCACGGUGGGGGAGGUGAAGAAGAUGAUACAGGUCAAGCUGAACAUAUACUUUGACGACCUUGUGAAACAGGACAAGAAGGUACUGGUCAUGUCCUAUGCUGGUUCCGAUCUCAACGACGCCUGGAUAUUCACAGAUCUCGGAAUUGUUCCCGGCUCUACCUGCAAGGUCUGCAUGAAAGAGGAGGUUAAACCGGUUCUCUUUGUGAAAUGUUCCCACAGCGGGGAGGUCAUUGAAAUUAUGGAUGACUAUUUUGUGGAGAAAAUGGAGGUCGCAGAUCUUAGGACUAUGGUUACCAAGAAGUCUGGUCUUCCCGUGUCUAUUUUUAGACUCGUAUCACGUAACAAUUUGGAAUUGUUUGACGGACAUACCUUAUUUGACUAUGGCAUAGAGUGCGGUGACACUAUUUUUAUGGAAUGUUGGGACGGAUGGACGGAACUCAUUAACUUCAGUAUCUUGGGCUUGACCCCUAGUGUUACUCCCCUGAUUGUUCAAGACGAAAUACAGUCUCGUUUUCAACUGAAAGUUGUCAUGUACAUUUCCGCGCAUUAUGGUCGGGUGGAUCUGGCGAGGACGUGCAUUAAAGCCGGAAUAAAGCCAGAUGAGCCGAUAGGGGAGCACCCGACCCGCCAGUGGUGCUGGGAGCAAUCCCACAUCGAGACGAAGCGGUCGGCCGUUCACGAGGCGGCUGAGUUCGGCCAGCUAGGCGUCCUGCGACUUUUUGUUACCACUGAUAUUACCUGCUCAAUGGCCAGGGAAGGCCACAGUCUCACACCCUUGAAUCUAGCGCUCAGAAACAAACAAAGACCUUGCGCUUCCUUUUUGCUCACUAAACAAUGGGUAAGAGUUCCCGUGACAAGAAGCCAGUCAAUGACAUUGCAAACAUUCCGUAGAAUUAAAACUUGGUGCGAAAGGUGUAAGGAGAAAGCAUUUAUGAAGUUUGGCCCCAACAAAUCCUCACUAAAACGUCGUUCGUUCAAUACUGGACCGCUUGUGAGCCACGGUGUCAUUGUUGACGGUUUCUCGCAAAGUCCUAUGAACGGAAAAAACAAGCAUGAUCCUGCUGCGAAAGACAGGAAACAUCAGUUGAAUGAGAGCACGACAACUGACGGCGAUGGAAAAAAUGAAGACCCAGAGGCCUACUUUAAGCAUCUCACAGCUGUACAGACGUAUGGUCCGAAGUUUAGACAAAAUACGCGUUGGGGUAAGAUGGUUGGCAAGUCUAGCGUUGGCGCACUGUUCGGACUCGGUUUGAAAAAUGCUGCAAAAGGGGACAGACCAGACGGCAACGAAGCCCCGGAUUCGCCAGACGUCCCCGAAACCCCCGGCCCGGAUGGAAAGGAGACAAAACUGCCACCGAUUAUGGAAAAGGGUCGUCUCAACAUAUCGCUGUCACAAUCGCAGCCACACAUUGCUCACGGAAUCCCGGAAGAACAAGAAAAGGCCGAAGGCGAUAAAUUAAAUCCGUUCCUCGAAAAAGGUCGAAAAUACAUCCGCACCGGACCCACUGGUCCGCCGUCAAAAUCCAAGAUAAGCGCUUCAAUGCCAAAUAUGAAAAUGAAGGGGGAUACUAAAGAACACGAGCGAGAGAAAGUGACACGCGACCGAAUAGCAAGCAUUUCUUCGUCCAAAUCUGAGAAAACAACGGAGCGCGCUAAUACCUCAAUGUCUAUGGUGAGCAAAAAGAAGAAAGUAACUUCAGCGAUGCUGGUGCAGCAAGGAAACAAGGCAAAUAUGGACGGAACGGUGCCACUUCCUAUCAUCAGCUCAGAAAAUGAGAGCCGUCCAUUCUUUUACCACAACGGCGUGAGGGAGAACGAUAUCGUGAUACCAAUGAUGAAUCUCGUGCAGCAAUAUCAGGGCAUGGACUCCAGAGACAGGGCCGCAAAGUCACUCGCCAUCGCUAACACCUUUAAGGAAAAACCAUGGCUGAUGCAGGUGCGUAUGGCCAUGAGUCUGACGUCAUCGACGCUGAAGCGUGACGUCAAGAAUUUGCGUCACAGUUUCCACGAGGUUAAACGGCACGAGCAGGAUCGACGAGUUAGUCGGGCGCGGUCAAUGAUUGUCUAGAGAGGUCAAGGUCGAGGAUGUGCUGAAAGCAGAGAUGUAAUAAGAAUAUUAACUACUAUAUAUAUAUAAUUUAUGAAACCCCCCUACAUGCUUCAUUAUAUGUAUAUACAUGUACUUUGAUAUAAGAAUAUAACUGUUUGGUCAUCAGACUGAUAUAACAAUAUUUCAUAAUUGAAAAAUACGUUUUAAUACUUUUAGGUAUGAUUUACGUUUUUGUAUUUGUAGAUAAAAGGUAGAUAGGUUAUAUUUAGAUUAUAUUAACAAUGCUUCUUUCAUAAUUCUGCAACACUGGCGACAUAGAUAUGAUCAAAUGAUGUGACAUUCAUAUUAAUGCCUGCGCACUAAUCUGUGAGUUAUGUAUUAUGAACAAUAAGAAAUAUUUGCAUCUAGUACAAAUCAAUUAGUAUACCAUUGUCUGCACGUUUGAAAGAAAAAUACUUUUUGCAUGUAUGCUGAUUUUUAAAGACUAAAUCUAAACAUAACGUUGUUUGGUUAUUCUAAAUAAUUUUACUUUAUUUUGAUUUUUGCAAUAGUGUUUCCAUGUUCAAUCUUGUCAAUGCUGCAUUUUUUUUUUAGUGAACACGUGUUUUAUCGUACGUCUGUGAUAUUUCCCCGCCUGUGAUCUGUUCUGAAUCCCAGUCAUUUGCUAUUUAAAGUAACUGCUGUUUUAUUUUAUACUAACUCUGUAUUAUAAUCCUUUAAUGUAUUUAAUAAAGGAAACAGAAAUA